GGCGGGUUGGCUGCUCAACUUGUGUUUGCGUUGCACGCUUACUCACUCACUUUCCGUUCCGAUUGGGCGAGUUCUGGGGACUUCUCACUUUCAUCAAGUGAUACCCUAAGCCAAACCGAAGCUUCACCAUAUGAUGUUGCCACAGCUGUAUCUUGACGUUUCGUUACUUCUGUGCGGCUUGAGUGCGACUUCGGGUUUGGUGUAUAUUGUACCGGGAGGAGACAGUAGUAGCUUUGUGAUUCCAAUUGGAGGAACUGCAUCCUUCAGAUGCUUGGUGUCUAGCUCACUGACUAUUUCCAAAUGGACUAAUGGAUCGAGAGACGUUGUGGCUAGCUCAAGAGUCCAGUUUUCGAACAAUUUGGAGACGUUGACGAUUUUUAGUGUCACUUAUGCAGAUGAAGGAGAAUAUAACUGUUAUGCCACAUCGACUGGUGGGGAAGUGGAGCAUGCGAGUGCGAGUUUGUUUGUUGUAGGUCGUCCAUUUGCUGUGGCUAGCAAUGCCACAGUACAUCCCGGCGAACGAGCAGUCCUGACAUGCACAGGCACGCACUUCAACUACAUUAAUUGGGAUUUCAAGAGAGAACCCGUCAACGACGACUCCAAUCAUAUCCUACAAGAUCACGACUUGAUUGUCAAGUCUGUGCUGCCAGACGACGUCGGAGUUUACAGAUGCAGAGCAUUCAAUCAGUUUUACAGCGUCAGUGUUUACUCCCACCUCAGAAUUAAAGUGAACUGUAAUGACGACACGAAUGUUGUUAACAAAGUUGUCGGUGUGGGAGCAGUAGUGACGUUGUGCUGUGGCAACAAGACUGAAGACAAAGAUACUGUGGCAGUCUGGCAAAGGAACGGAGUCGCACUGAAUGCUGCAUCCAAUCGUCGACUGUAUUUGUCAAUGAAAUCGAGUCUGAUCAUUGCAAAUGCACAGUAUAAUGACUCGGGGAUCUAUGAGUGUGUUAGAGACUCGAAAAGCUUUGCAACAAAUCUGACAGUGGAAGGCUUUCCACCCCAGCCUGUAAUCCAAGAAAUGAAAUUGUACGAAGAUCUCUUGAUGUUCGUGCAAUGGUCUAUACCUACCAUUACUCCACAACAUCCUGUCACUCGAUUUCGAGUCUCCUGCCGACCUUCUGAGCAGGAGGAAUGGUCGAAUGUUACGACAUCUCCAUCUGCACGGUCUGCAACUGUCGACUGCAACGUUGCACAAGUUAAAGAAAAGGUUAAAGAAUGUGUCAUGUAUGAUCUUGUCGUCACGGCAAUUAACAGUCAAGGCGAAACGCCAUCUCAACUAUCGCGUGUGCAGUAUAGUUCAGAAAUUUUAUGCCACCACGGUGGAGGUGUUUCAUUGCACGACCAGAAGAACAAAACCGACGAGUCUGACAACACGACCAAGACGGCCAUCAUUGCGACGUCCACCUUGGCAGCUUCAGUCGUGAUGAUCAUCAUUGCAAUAGUUUUAUGUUAUUGCAGAUUUCAUGAAACGAAAACGUUGUAAGUGAUGGUACGAUGUCGGUGGAGUACAACAAGUUUGGUGAAAGAUCCGACGAUUCGGAGUCGGGAGUACCGAACAAUGGAGAGAUAUGUUUGAAUACUUGACAAUUGCUACGAAUUAAAAAGCUAUUGUAUGAUAUUAUUUUGCAGCUGAAUUGCUAUCCGAAAGUAACUGUUUCUCGAUUUAUUAAUUAAUUAAUAUCAAUGGUGGCACAGUAUUGUAGCUACACGUACUUAUACACAACAACAGAUGUUUAGAAAUUGCUUUUUCAGAUAUUUGCUGUAUUGAUCUCCAUCGUUGUAGUUUAUUUACAAUUUCGUUUUC